UAAAUCAGAAAAAAACAGCCGGCUGUCCCGCACAGUAUUUGCUGGAAACUAUAACACCAUACAUCAAUUUCAGAUGUGAUAAGAAGUCGAUACCAGCAGCACGCUUCGUAGCAACAACAUACAAAAUUUAAAACAAAAACGAUUAUAACAAUAAGAUAUAAAAAAAAUUACAAGUGUAGGCAUUCAUAACACAACUCCAGUUAUUUAUCACAAAGCGCGCCUGAACUCAGUGCAAAAACUCGAUUCUUACAACUAUGAAUAAAAUCAUCUCUGUUGUGUUUGGUUGCUGCUUGCUGUUUGGUGUGCUCAUACAUUUGAGCAAUGCACAAACUGAACAAGAAAAUUCAGACUGUGCACUUUUCGGUGGGCGAUGCAAAAGCACCUGUCACAAGGGAUACGAUAUGAAUUCAGCUGAUGCAAGACUGUGCACCGGUUCUAAAAACAAUAUCUGCUGUAACCCAUAUGAAGAUAGAUGUAAGAGUCAAGGUGGUCAAUGCGAGACAAAGUGCCAAGGAAAACGCACUAAAGACAAUACACCUGAUUGCAAAGAUUUGGGCAUGGAAUGCUGCAUAUAUUUUUAAAUCACAAAUAAAAAUAAAGUAUGUUAAUAAAAUGCGAAUCUAAAAAA